AUGACUGACCGCAACCGUAAUGAACAGGUGAGCCAAGGGCAUGAUCCGAAAAGCAGGUUAAGGCUCGGUGUUGGUAAGAAGUACACUGGUCGCCACGGCGUAUUUCGAUCCACAGUCCUCCAUCGGCUGCAGGUCGUGCUCAACAAUCGUUCAGCGUCACAGCCAGCAGGCCAAGGUAUAGCAGAAGAUGAGUUGAACAGACAAGCGGCUCUAUUCAUGAAUGCGAUAGACCAUGCCUUUCUACUUGCAGAACAAAACGUCACCCGGCGUGACAAGAACCCCUUGUUUUGGAACCUGCGAGAUGCGUUCAUCACCCGAGACAUCAAGGGCUUAACAAAGGAACUCCAGUAUUCUUUCCAGUCCUUCGUGGUUCGACAAACCUUCUCCAAGGAGCUGGAAGACAACCAAAGGCGCCUCCUAGAUUUCCGGUUUCCUCACGAGUGGUUUCCGGCGACGCGCACCAUGCAGCGCACCAUCCACGUGCACGUUGGUCCAACGAAUUCCGGAAAGACUUACAAUGCUCUCAAAGCGCUUGAAAACUCCAAGAUGGGCGUUUAUGCAGGACCCCUGCGAUUAUUGGCUACGGAAGUGUAUCAAAGACUCACGGCCAAAGGUCGCCCGUGCGCCUUGAUCACUGGCGAGGAAAUUCGCAUACCCGAGGACACGGACCAAUAUUUCUCAAGCUGCACCGUAGAAAUGGUCCCGUUGAAUACAAAGUUCGAUGUUGCUGUCAUUGAUGAGAUCCAGAUGAUUGCCGACCCCGAGCGUGGGAAUGCUUGGACAACCGCAGUGCUAGGUGUACAAGCCAAGGAGGUGCAUUUGUGCGGCGAGGAUCGGACUGUGCCCCUUUUGCAGGCGCUUUGUGCCAGCAUCGGCGACAAGUGUGUUGUUCAUCGCUAUGAACGGCUCAGUCCACUCAAGACGAUGGAUUCUGCCAUCAAGGGUGACUACAGCAACCUGCAAAAAGGCGAUGCAAUAGUUGCCUUCAGUCGGCUAUCACUCCAUGUCUUGAAACGAAACGUUGAGACCGCGACUGGUCGAAGAUGUGCGAUUAUCUACGGGUCAUUGCCACCUGAAGUUCGGGUGCAACAAGCAGCCUUGUUCAACGACCCGAACAAUGACUACGACUUUAUUGUUGCCAGUGAUGCGAUUGGUAUGGGCUUGAACCUCGAAAUUCGCCGAGUGGUGCUCGAAUCAAUCACCAAGUUUGAUGGCAACCAGAACAGACUGCUCACGUAUCCUGAAAUCAAGCAAAUUGGCGGUCGUGCAGGACGAUAUAGAACUGCGCAAAGCGCCGUGGGCGUGAAUGCUGAGGAAGCCGAGAAGGAAAAGGUCGGCCUGGUAACAACAAUGGACCAAGCCGAUCUUCGCAAUGUUGAGAGAGCUUUUCAGAAAAAGGUCAACGACAUUGAAUAUGCCAGCAUACAGCCGCCAGCCGGCAUCGUGGAGCGAUUUGCAUCUUACUUCCCACCAGACACACCCUUGUCAUUCAUCUUGAUGCGAAUCAAGGCUGCAGCGACUGUCGGGCCAAGAUAUCGCUUGAAUAUCAGCAGUGAUGUCCUGGAAAUCGCCGACAUUAUCCAAGACCUCCCGCUCACGAUUUACGACCGCCUGACAUUCUGCUACUUGCCCGUGGCAUUGCGAGCGGAAGGCGCUGUUGAUGUCUUGCGCGCUCUUGCGCGAGUUGUUGGCCACAAUUCGGCCGGUGACCUGCUUUCUAUUAAAGAAAUACCACUCGAGUUCUUGGAGGUCAAGAUGGAAGACUAUCCAGGCGGGUCCCAGGAAUACCUAUCCAAACUGGAGGCGCUGCAUGUCGCAAUCAAUCAAUACCUAUGGCUAUCCUACCGAUACGCCGGCAUGUUUGCAAGCCAAGCACUGGCCUUCCACGUGCGACAUCUGGUCGAAGAGAAACUCAUUACCACACUAGAUCGUCUUGAUUUCACAGAAGAACAGCUCGAGCACAAGCGGAAGAACAAGCGGCGACAGGCUCGCUCUCGCGAUAUCAGCCGAAAAGCGAUUGGUGAAGACGAAGGUCAUGAACUGGAGCAUGAGCACGAGCAGGAUGACGCUCAACUUCCCGCAUCGUCCGGGAAGGGCGAGAAGCUCAGCGGAGGGGGGCAGCAUGAAAAGCCAAUCGAGGUUGGAUCAAUGUAA